UCUUUACUUCAUUGCAUAUAGAUCCAAAGAACGACCCAUAAGACUUCGACAUUUGUCUUUCUCCUCAACAUCCAAAGCUUUUAGUGAAACCUCUCCUAUAACAAGCCAAAAAAAAAAAAAAAAAGCUAAAGAGAAAGAUUCAAAGAAAGAAAGAAAGAAAUUGAGGAAGAUUAUUUCAAAUCCAAAGUGAGAUUUUGAGAAGACCCUCUAUGCAAGAAUCCAAUCUUAGAGUCUUACUAGUUACUAUCUAGCUUACACGCACAGAGACACUACUAAAAAUCCAAUCUUAAAGAGUCUUACUAGUUACUAUAUAGCUUACACACACACAAAGUUCUAUUUCGGCGAUAAAGGGUGCAGUGUGCGUGUGGAUAUGGUUAGACCACCUUGUUGCGAGAAGAUUGAGGUGAAGAAAGGACCAUGGACUCCCGAAGAAGACAUAAUCUUGGUCUCUUAUAUCCAACAACACGGCCCUGGAAACUGGAGAUCUGUUCCUGCAAACACUGGUUUGCUAAGGUGUAGCAAGAGUUGCAGACUUCGAUGGACUAAUUACCUUCGUCCCGGGAUCAAACGAGGAAAUUUCACUCAACCGGAAGAGAAGAUGAUCAUCCACCUUCAAGCUCUUUUGGGUAACAGAUGGGCAGCUAUAGCAUCAUAUCUACCUCAGAGGACCGACAAUGAUAUCAAGAACUAUUGGAACACUCAUCUUAAAAAGAAACUCUUGACGAUGAAGCUUCAAAACGGUAUCAUCAACGGAGACAAAACCAAUAUGGCGACAGAGAUUUCGUCUUGUAAUAAUAACAACAAUGGAUGUAAUCACAACAAAAGGAUCGUCAACAAAGGCCAAUGGGAGAAAAAGCUUCAAACAGAUAUCAACAUGGCCAAACAAGCGUUAUUCCAAGCCUUGUCACUUGACCAACCAUCUUCAUUGAUCCCUCCCGAUCCUGACUCACCAAAUCGUCAUCAUCAUUCUACCACCACUUAUGCCUCAAGCACAGAUAACAUCUCUAAAUUACUCCAGAACUGGACAAGCUCAUCAACUUCAAGGCCUAACACUUCAUCAGUCUCCAAAACCCGUAGCUCAAGCCCCGGUGAAAGAGGAGUUUUUGACCAUCACUCUUUGUUCUCAUCGAACUCAGAGUCUGGAUCAGUUGAUGAGAAGCUGAAUUUGAUGUCGGAGACAAGCAUGUUCAAAGGUGAUCAGAGCAAGCCAAACAUAGACAUGGAAGCUACUACUACUACUACUACUACUACUGAUGAUCAAGGCUCGUUGUCUUUGAUCGAGAAAUGGUUGUUUGACGAUCAAGGCUUGGCUCAGUGUGAUGAUAAUCAAGAAGAUCUCAUCGACGUAUCUUUAGAGGGGUAAUAAUAAUGAUUACAACAGUCAAGAUUUGUUCUAAGAAAAUAAAACGUAUAGAACAAUGAUAUAGCUAGCUAGGUUUAUUUCUUUUUCUUUCUUUUGUCUUUUCUCUAUGAUCUUUAGUUACAUUUUAUUUUACUGUGUGGCUUGCUUAUUGUCAAGUCGAUGAAGAUCAAACUGUUUAUAUACUAUAUGUAAAGUUGAAAGUAGUGCAAUAAACUAAGUUGUUCUGUUGGGUCAAA